AUGGCCAUGUGCUUUUGUGCAGCUGGUCGUGAGCUCGAGCGCCUGACAGCACGACCGCGAUCAAGGGCGUGGGGGCUGCGUGGUCAGACACCUGCUCUCCUCUUGGGGGCGGGUAGGGGUCCGGCCAAAUUCCCCACAUGGAUGUUGCGGCACGCGGCCGACGCGUCCUUUGUCCGCCAGGAAGAUGCGCACCUCGAGUGUAGCGCGGCAUGCGAUACCGCCUGUGUACGCAUGCUACUGCCUGCGAUCGCAAUCCAAGCCGAAUCAGACCUACGUGGGCUCGACGCCGGAUCCUUAUAUGGCUUCCCAUCGAAGCUGGCUGCUCUUCAGGUCCGUGCUGCUGUCUUACCCCAGUUUGAAUGGUCUUGGCAGACUCCGCAUCUCUCGCGGCAUUUGCGCGUCGUGCAUGGCCAGCAGCGCGCCGUGUAUGCGGGGCGCAGCGCAGAGCCGCUCUUCCCAGCCAGUCGCAAGUCGUACGGUACGUCGCGGAAAGGCGAGCGGCGCGUGAAACUACGCUCAACGAAUGUACCUGAGCAUAAGUUCCUCGUGCUCCGCGCGCUGCUGUCCAGCGAGCCUUUCUGUCACUGGGGUCUGCGCGUCGCGUUCUUUACUGAGUACGCGUACGGCGUUUGGCGCUUUCUUGAGCGCACGUCGCCCACGCCAAAGUGGCACACGUCGCGCGUAACGCGCCGCGCCCUUCCGCCCGGGUACCCGGCCGUGCUGUGCGACUUUCGCGGUGUACUGGGUGCGCACUCGCCGCUGCAACGCACGGCUACGUCGGAGGCCAUGCCGCCGCUCCCUGAAGCUGCCACAAGGUCGGCGCAGCAGCGCACGGGCCGAGCAUCGGACACUGUAUGGGACGAGUGCCCGCCGCCUGCGCGCGAUGCGAAGACGCUUGGCCUCACAUGGGACGCUCUCGAGCGCGCGCCCCAAGAGACGCAGCCGUGGCUCGCGCUGCAUCGCGCCUCCCAAGCGGAGGCGACACAGGAGGCUGACCAAGUCGCUUCUCAUGCCGAUCGUGCUGCACUCUCCUGCGGCUUGUGUCGCGCUCCUAUCGAUCUGGCACGGCCCCUCUCCUACACGCUAUGUCCUAUCGGCCCCGAGCCGGCAUCACCGGCCGCGCACGGUCCGCCGCUUCUGCCUACCGACCACAGCUUCGUGCCCCGUGUGCCCUGA